ACUGCCCAGGACAAAGGAAGAGGGGCCAGAGCAAGACUGAAAGUGCUGCUCUACAGCUGAAGGAGCCAGGAUGCCGCAGCUGAGCCUGUUCCGGUUGGGGCUCGGGUCGCUGUGGGCCUCCCCUUGGCAGCUCCUGCUGCUGCUGGCGGCUUCCUGGCUCCUGGCCCGAGUCCUGGCCCGCAUCUAUGCCUUCUAUGACAACUGCUGUCGCCUUCGGUGUUUCCCACAGCCCCCGAGGAGGAACUGGUUCUUGGGUCACCUGGGCCUGGCAAAAAGCAAUGAGGAGGGUUUGCGGCUGGUGGAGGACCUGGGUCACUACUUCCGUGAUGUCCACCUCUGGUGGAUGGGGCCCUUCUACCCCAUCCUGCGACUCGUCCACCCUAAGUUCGUUGCCCCCUUGCUCCAGGCCCCAGCCAAUGUCAUACCCAAGGAUAUGUUUUUCUACAGUCUCCUGAAGCCCUGGCUAGGGGAUGGGCUCCUGCUGAGUGCAGGUGACAAGUGGAGUCACCACCGCCGCUUGCUGACACCUGCCUUCCAUUUUGAAAUCUUGAAGCCCUACAUGAAGAUUUUCAACAAGAGUGCAGACAUCAUGCAUGCCAAAUGGAAGAACCUGGCGUCAGAUGGUAGUGCCCAUCUGGAUAUGUUUGAACACAUCAGCCUCAUGACCUUGGACAGUCUGCAGAAAUGUGUCUUCAGUUUUGACAGCAAUUGUCAAGAGAAACCCAGUGAAUAUAUUGCUGCCAUCUUGGAGCUCAGUGCCCUUGUGAUAAAGCGGACUGAGCGAAUCUUCCUGCAUGUGGACUUCCUAUACUACCUCACCCCUGAGGGGAGGCGCUUCCGCAGAGCCUGUGACCUGGUGCAUGACUUCACAGAUGCUGUCAUUCAGGAGCGGCGCCGCACCCUCAUUCGUCAGGGUGUUGAUGACUUCCUCAAGGUCAAGGCUAAGACCAAGACUUUGGAUUUCAUUGAUGUGCUCCUGUUGGCCAAGGAUGAAGAUGGGAAUGAAUUGUCAGAUGAGGACAUCCGAGCAGAGGCUGACACCUUCAUGUUUGAGGGACAUGACACCACAGCCAGUGGCCUUUCCUGGGUCCUGUACAAUCUCGCAAAGCAUCCAGAAUACCAGGAGCGCUGCCGGCAGGAGGUGCAGAUGCUCCUGAGGGACCGUGAGACUAAGGAGAUUGAAUGGGAAGACCUGGGUCAGCUGCCAUUCCUGACCAUGUGCAUCAAGGAGAGUCUGCGCUUGCACCCCCCGGUCACCGUCAUCUCCCGCAGCUCCACGCAGGAUGUUGUCCUCCCAGAUGGCCGGGUCAUCCCCAAAGGAAACAUUUGUGCCAUCAGCAUCUUCGGGAUUCAUCACAACCCAUCUGUCUGGCCAGAACCUGAGGUAUAUAAUCCCUUCCGCUUCGACCCAGAGACACCUCAGAAAACGUCUCCUUUGGCCUUUAUUCCCUUCUCAGCAGGACCCAGGAACUGCAUAGGGCAGACGUUCGCCAUGACCGAGAUGAAGGUGGUCCUGGCGCUCACCUUGCUGCGCUUCCGCGUGCUGCCGGACGAGCAGGAGCCGCGCAGGAAGCCGGAGCUGAUCCUGCGCGCAGAGGGCGGACUUUGGCUGCGCUUGGAGCCCCUAAGCGAGGACCCGCAGUGACUCCCUGCUGCCUAGCCUGGGAUCCGCGCUGACCUUACACACUUCUCUGUAGAUUCCCAAGAAUGAAACAGUGCUGUCACGUCUGUCCGGGACUCACCGAGAGUCUCGGCAGGGCGUGGGGGUCCGGGCAGGAACCAGAGGGUGGGAGUGGCUGGUAUCUCUGAGCCCAAAUGCCGGGGACCAGCCUUCCGCAAAAUGUCGUGUCAGGGGUUCCUGAAAGGAUGACACGGCCUAGGGGACACGUUAGGGGCUGAAGGGAAGGGCAUUGAGGAGACACUGAUACUGGACGGGGUGCAAAUCUCUUCUGCAGAGAGACUAAGCAGGUCUUUAUUAUUCAUUUUUAGUAAUCAGAAAAAUUAUAUCAUCAUGUGCAAAGCAGAAACAAUUAGUGUAUUUUACUCCCAUGGACUCCUGGCUCCUAGGGUCUCAGCUAGACGGCAGCCUUCAAGGUUAAUAGAUAAAAACUUCAGAACACUAGGAGGUGCAGAUUUUAUUCUAUACUAUUAACUCUUGAUUAUAUUUCAAAAGUAGUUAAGCUUUCUUUCACCAAUAGCAUUUAUCUUCAUUUGGUAGCAAUGAGAAAAAAAAUCUAACAGUUCAUGAGCACAUUUAUAUACAGAAUCCUUCUAUAGAGCUGAGAAUCUGGAAAUAAAUCUAGUAUCAACACCAGAACACACCUCGGUCAUAUCUUAUCAAUUAUCAUCACAAUUUUUCCUUAUGCCACUCAUUCCACUCCAGAAUAUUUCAAGGAAGUUGUAAAAACUAUUAUAGUGAGAAGAAAAAAUAUUAGAGAAAAAUACCUACUUAAAAAAAAAAAAGCCAAACCUAACACUAAAACUUAUUAUUUUAGCUAGACAAUUACCUAAGACAGUGGAUAGCCGCCAGUACAUCCCUAUCAGCUAAAGCUUAAGCAUCAAAAGACUAUUCUAUUCAUAUGGCCUUCAGCAGGAGACCAGCUGCUACUCAGCUAUCAGAACUUUUUCUACCUAGAAACUUCUUAACACAGUUAACUUCAUUUAAAAACUUUCCUAAGAAACUUCUUUAAAAAAAAAAAGGGAAACUUCUAAAAAAGCAAAAGAAGGAUUUACUAUAAUUGUUGCACUGGAUUGCUUGUCAGGCAUGUACAAUAAAUUGUCUCCCAUUGACAAGUGGGCCAAAUUGUUUAAUAAUUUCUAAACAGAUAAUUUUCUGUGUCGUUUAUUUGCAGUAUACUGAUGCAUAUAAUUUAUUGCCUAAUGUACUUUCUGGGAAAUUUUUCUCUUUUUACGACCAAGAACAAAAAAUAAAGGGAUGUUAGAUCUUCAGCCCCACGGUGUGAGGCACAAGGAAUCUUCAGCCCUACGGUGUGAGGCCUUUUAACCUCGGCCCCAUGGUGUGAGGCCCUUUAACUUAGCUGCUUGCCAGUGUCUUAUGUGGCUGGGGCAACAAGGCCCCCUGCAGCACCCAAACCCUGUCUUGAUGUUUAUUUGUGGGCAUUAGGCAGCGAUGGGAAGUGUUUGAGCAAGAGGGGCAACUGGCUUAAGGACGGACUUUAAGGGCACAUUUGAGGCUCUGAGUCAUGGGGGAGGACCCAUAAUGGCAUUAUGCUCUGACCAUCUAUCUCCUAAUAUUGAUUCCAUCACCUAAUUUACAUAAUUUUUUCUCAUUUCAGAUUCCUGCACUAUGUUUCUGUGAUUACUGUGUUGCUUUGUUUACUUACUAAUACACCUGUGCUUUAUAGUGUGUCUGAUAUUAUGAUAUCUAUAAUUGUUAUACUGCCUGUAACUUUUGCUGGUUUUUCACUCAUAAGGGUCAGUGGUCUUAUGUAUCGGGUUAUCUUUGCCUGGAUGUUGGCUUUCAUACUUGGAAUAAUAAUUGUAGAAUUUGAAGAAGGCACCUUCUUAUAUAAGAUGAUUCCUUGAGUCCUGCUGGUUGAGGAUUAUUUUCAACCAAGCUCAAAGCUUGUGGUGCCCAGCGUCACUGAGGCAGAUUAAAUUCAAGCUGAACUCACACUUGCAGGUUCCUUCACCAGUUUACUCUUACCCUGAGGGGUAUAGUUUUUCGAGGUUUCCUCUUAUGUGGAUAUUUUACAAUUUCCCAUGCUUAUAUCACCCUGGGCUUUGGUUUUCUCCCCCACCAUGAAGCCAUCACAUUAGUCUCACAUUUUCUUGACUUGAGAAAUUCUCCAGGCCAAAAAUGUCAUUCAUAUUUAUUUUAUCCCUAGGUUUCUCUUUAUUUGAGUAGUGUUGGCUGAAAUAUCACUGCUGUGAAGUACUUCAAAGAGAAGUUUAUUAAAGAGAUACUUUCAGAGCAAACCUGAGGACACAGACCCAGAGAUACAGCUUUCAGAUUUCUCUGGGCGCUGUUCCUGCCCUUCAGAGGUUUUGGUUUCAUUAAUACACAUUCUGUGUAUUAAUAUUUGUGGUCUGUGUGCACAGAAGGUGAUACACAAUUCCUCUGUAAAAGAGACAAGCAAUAUAAAAAGUGAUCUCUUACUCUGAAGGGUCGGACAUCUGUGUGUGGGAAAGCAUUAAGAACUGAAAUUUAUAAAGAUUUCUUUGUAUCUGAAAGAGUGCUUCUGCCAUGUGACGGCUUGCUGGGCAGUGAGGGACUUACCUCUGAUUCCUUCCUACAGUCACGCAAAAUGAUAGGGGGGUGGACAUGGUAUGUGGGAUCGAUCCUCCAUGCAUUUUGACUGCAUGGCUUCGUCACAGCAAACUCUUUGUUUUCUUUUUGCUGACUCAGGCCUCUGCUAUUGCUGGCCCGGCAGUUUUCCCAGGGGAGCUCUUUUAUAAACCAUAGCAUUUUUCUUUUGUUACACAGCAAUGUCUUUAUACUUCUUUGCUGUCUUUUUGGGUCAUUUAAGAAAUUGGAAAAUUAUCCAUAUUUGAAAGUUGUUUGUAAAAAACUGGAAGUUUAAUCCAAAUAAUUGCUACUAAUGGAAACAGAAGUUUCAACUGGGAUUUUAUUUAUUAUUUGUUGAGGUAACUUAGUUUAAAACACUGCAUAGAAAUCAAAACUACCAUGAGAUACCAUCUCACACCAGUGAGAAUGGCACAUAUUAAAAAAACUAGCAACAACAAAUGUUGGCGAGGAUGUGGAGAAAAAGGAACUCUUCUGCACUGUUGGUGGG